AUGCAACCAUUCAACAACGACGACCAGAUACUCGACGCCAUAAUCAUCGGAGCCGGGUUUGGUGGCUGCUAUCUACUCCAUAGUCUCCGACAGCAGGGUUUCCGGGCCAAGCUCUUUGAAGAGAGCGACGGCCUGGGUGGUGUCUGGCAGAGCAACUGCUACCCCGGUGCCCGUGUGGACUGCUGCACUCCCUUUUACGAGUUCUCCGACCCUGAGAUAUGGGCCGAGUGGGAAUGGACUGAAGCAUACCCAAGCCAAAAAGAAAUCCUUCGGUAUUUUGAGUUUGUUGACAAGAAAUGGAACCUCUCCAAGGACAUUACUUUUGGUGCCCGUGUGAUCAAGGCAACCUUUAUUCCAGAGCAGAACCGAUGGGUUGUCCAGACCAACACCGGACAUUGCGCAACCGCACGCUUUCUUCUGCCUGCGGUAGGAUUCGCAUCCAAGACAUAUACACCACGAUUAGAAGGCCUUGAAACUUUCAAGGGCUUCGCCUGUCACACUGCCAAAUGGCCAAAGCAAGAGGUCAAUCUCCAAGGGAAGCGAGUCGGCGUGAUUGGUACGGGCGCGAGCGGCGUCCAAGUCAUCCAGGAGCUGGGUCCGAUUGCCCAAAACCUGGUCGUCUUUCAACGAUCCCCAAAUUGCGCGCUUCCGAUGCGACAAAAGACGAUGACGCCAGAGCUUUUCGACAAGUCCACCUAUCCCGAGGCGUUCCGCCAGAUGCGACUAUCGUUUGCGGGUACCAAUGCCGCUCCAGUACCGCGACGUGCGCUGGACGACUCGCAGGAACAGCGGCAGUCUUUGUAUGAACGACUGUGGCAGGAAGGCGGAUUUGCACCCUGUCACGGCAACUACUCUGACUUCUCCACGGACAUUCACGCAAACCACAUCUUCUACAAAUUCUGGCGCGAUAAAGUUCGGCAACGGCUUCACACUACAGAUCCCGAACUCAUUGAGAAUCUUGCUCCGACAGACCCGCCCUAUCCCUUUGGUACAAAGCGGCCGUCAUUGGAACAAAACUUUUACGAGGUCUUCAAUCAAGACAACGUGUCGUUGAUCCCGCUCCUGAAGAACCCAAUUAAAAGGAUUGUGCCAGACGGUGUGCUACUGGCGGACGGCACCGCCAUCGAGCUCGACGCACUGGUCCUGGCAACUGGAUUCGACGCCAUCACUGGCAGCUACGCCAGGUUCGAUAUCAAUGGGCUCGAAGGCCGCAGACUAGCCGACGUGUGGAAACAAGGGACAAGGACCGCCCUGGGCAUGGCGACUUCGGGAUUUCCCAACAUGUUCUUCUUGUACGGGCCGCAAAGCCCGACGGCAUCAGCCGCGGGCCCGGUCACGUCUGAGAUCCAGGGCGACUGGAUCAUAAAGACCAUGCUGCACAUGAAGCGGCAUGGCUUGACGAGGGUUGAAGCAAAAUGCGAAGCCGAGGUAGCUUGGGCUCAACACGCAACGGAAGAGUGCUACAAAACUCUCCUCCCUCUCAAUGAAACUACUUGGUACAUGGGGGGGAACAUACCCGGGAAGAAAAAGGAGGCUCUACACUAUGUAGGAGGCCUGCCUAGGUACUCGGAAGCCUUGGACGCCUGUACUCGGGAUAAUUGGUCAAAGUUUGUAAUAACUUAG